CAGACACAAUGACGACGACUCUUCCAACAUCGUUUUCUUCAUUACCGGAGGACAUCGUUCUCAACUGUUUGGCUCGUGUCUCUAAAUUCCACCGUCCAACUCUUUCCUUAGUCUCCAAGUAUUUUCGAUCUCUCAUAGCUUCCCCUGAUCUUGAGGCCACACGUUCCCGCAACGAAAUAAAAGAAGAGCACCUCUGCGUCUGCUUUGACGUGCACGCUGAUCCUCGCUGGUUCACUCUUCUACCAUUUCCGACACAACAGAAACUGAAACCAAUCCCUUCGCCGUAUAAACAUCCCCGUUUCUCCACCGUUCUUUCAAUCGGUUCAGAGAUUUACAUAAUCGGAGGCCUCGUCGAAUAUGGAAAGAAAGGCAAUAGAGUGUUGGUUCUUGAUUGUGAAUCACAUCAAUUGCGUAGACUACCAAAUAUGCGUCUAUGUAGAAAAUCUCCAGCCGCUGAUGUAAUCGACGGUAAGAUUUACGUGAUUGGAGGCUCUAACUCCCACAAAAUCAAGAAUUGGGGAGAGGUUUAUGAUCCAGAGACCAAAAUUUGGGAGCCAUUAUUGCCUACAACAGUACUAGAUCUCACAACUCGUAAGAGUGUGGUUCCAGGUAAACUGGUAAUGGGUGGAAAAGUUUAUGAUAUGUAUGGUUUGGAGUUUAAGUUGAACACGAAGGUGUGUUUGGUAGAAAUAGAGACAUUGAUGUACCAAAUAUCGAUUUCGGAUGGGAUGUUAGUGUGGUGUGAUCUAGAGGAGAGUUUGGAGUUGAGUCGUAAGGUUGAGGGACUUGAAGGAGUGGCCCGUGAUUCAUAUUUUACUAGUUAUCUAACUUGUGUGGCAAGUUACGACCGAGGAAGGAGAGUAACAGUUUGGUGGAAGUUGACUUGUGGAAAUUGGGCUUUCGAUGAAUGUAAAACAGAGAUCUGGUGUGCAGAGAUUUCGUUUGAGAGACGCGAUUUAGGAAGGCUUUGGGGAUUUGUUGAAUGGUCUAAGAAUGUGUGUAUUUUUGACCAAUACAAACUUUAUCCUGAUUUAUUUUUGCAUUAUGCUAUUGUGACAUACUGAUCAUUGGAAUUUUAUUUUAGUUUUUCGAUUUAGUUUUACAAUUUGUACGGAUUUUUUCUUUUAGGUUUUUUUGG